UUGCAUCAGAUAGCACUGUUUCAUAUGCCAAACAGUGCGUACUACCCUGCCUUGGCAGACCUGACGGGUGCCCAAUUCAAUUCUGUAGUUUACUUUAGAGUGCUCUACGCUGGGCUGGAGCAUUUUUCUCUGGUUAUGACCAUUACCGUUUUGAAGCGGGUAUUGGGCUUUUCGCCGUUGUCUCAGUUGGCAUUCGUGCUCGAAAAGCAGGCAGGUACGAUUCAGAUGAAGCUCGUCGGUUCAUUCGUCUACAUCAUGCAACUUUCACUGAAGCACGUCGGAGCUGACUUCAGCUUUAAGUUCUCAUGUAUGCAUUCUACCAAGAGUGGGUCGUGA